AUGUGUGUUGGUCUGUCCUCCCAAGUAACUAGUGAUAGGGCUUAUAACAAAAAGAAAAAGGAAACAUGGGGAGUCUGUAUCUUUAUUGUAGCAAUUGAUCUGGAUGAAAUGACGUUCACUUUCACAGAGCUUCUGAAAAGUAUAAGCUUAAGUGUAUGCACAUUUUUUCAGUUUCUGAAAGAGGUGGAUGUUAACAUGGAUACUGUAAGCACUAAAGUUGAUAGCACUGUAUCAAGGCUGAAAAAGAAAUAUGAUGUAUUACUUGCACUAUACCACAAGUUUGAAAGGACUUGUGGCCUUAUUUAUCUGGAACAACCUAGUAGUGAGAUUUCUGCUGAACUCAGUUCUGUAUUAGUCCUAAAAAAUUACUGGAUUACUUUUUUGCUGGCAAAAGGUAAAAUGUUGCAAGUGGAAGAUGACCUGGUGAUUUCUUUCCAGUUGUUGCUGUGUGUCUUAGAUUAUUUUAUCAAACUGUCACCUCCUGCUAUGCUCAAGGAACCAUACAAGUCUGCUGUGACUGCAGUGACUGUUAAUGGUUCAGCUCGAACUCCAAGAAGAGGUCAGAACAGGAGUACACGUACUUCAAAGCAAAUUGAUACCGAUACAAAAGUUAUUGAAAUCCUUUGUAAAGAGCAUGAUUGUAAUUUAGAUGAGGUCAAAAAUGUGUAUUUCACAAGCUUUAUUCCUUUUUUGAAUUCUAUUGGUAUUGUAGCUUCAAAUGGACUGCCAGAGGUUGAGGUUCUCUCAAAACAGUAUGAUGAGCUCUAUGUCAAAAGCAAAGAUAUAGAUGCAAGAUUAUUUCUGGAUCAUGAUGAAACUCUACAGCCUGAUGUAAUAGCAUGCUCACAGUUGGAGAGGACACCAGUAAAAAACAAUCCAGAUGAGGAACUUAAUCUUAUACUUCCACAGACUCCUGUUCGAGCUGCAAUGAAUAACAUUCAGCAAUUGAUUAUGAUUUUAAACUCAGCAACUGAUAAACCAUCAGAUACUCUCAUCAUGUAUUUCAAUAAUUGCACAGUGAACCCUAAGGAUAGUAUCCUGAAAAGAGUGGAAAGUCUUGACCACAUCUUCAAAAAGAAAUUUGCUGAAGCAGUUGGACCAGGAUGUGCUGAAAUCGGCUCACAGAGGUACAAGCUUGGAGUACGUCUAUAUUACAGAGUAAUGGAGUCUAUGCUAAAGUCGGAGGAAGAGCGCCUCUCAGUGCAGAAUUUUAGCAAACUUCUGAAUGAUAAUGUCUUCCACACAUCUCUUCUGGCGUGUGCUGUUGAGGUUGUCAUGGCUACAUAUGGCAGAAAUGCUUCACAAAGUGAUGGUACCAGUGCUGAAACAGACUUGUCUUUCCCAUGGAUUCUAAAUGUAUUUAAUUUAAAAGCUUUUGACUUCUACAAGGUGAUUGAAAGCUUUAUUAAAGCAGAGCCGAGCCUAACAAGGGAAAUGAUAAAGCAUCUAGAACGCUGUGAACAUCGAAUUAUGGAGUCUCUUGCUUGGCAAUCU